AUGGCAUCAACGAGAUUGAAACAAAGCUGUGCAAAAUGUAAUAAAGGUGGUGGUACGGCCAUGUGUCAUGGUUGUCAACAAUCAUUUUGUACUAAACAUUUUCUUGAACAUCGACAAGAACUUUCUCAACAAAUCGAGGAUGUUGGUCAAGAGCAUGACCUAUUACGACAAGAUUGGAAUCGUAAUAAAAAUAUAGACACUUUAUUAGUACGUAUUGAUAAAUGGGAACAAGAAUCAAUUAAAACUAUUCAAACAUGUGCUCAGAAUGCUCGAGUUGCUCUCCAACAAUUACAUAAUCAAACAAACAAUGAAUUGAAGAUGUCUUUUGAUAAACUUACUCAAGAAAUUCAGGAUUAUCGAGAAUCACAUGAUUACACGGAAAUUGAUAUUAAAAACUGGAUUGAACAGUUAAAAGAAUUUCGUCAAAUAAUUGAAAAACCAUCAUUUGUUAAUAUUGAUUAUGAUAAUAACAUAGCGUCAGUCAUCAAAUUGAUUAAAGUAACUCGUGCACAAUAUUUACUGUUACCUUUUUCUCCAGGAAAACAAUUGAAUGAAGAUAAUAGUCCUACUGAUGAGCAGAUUAUUGGAUCGUCUAGUGAGAAAUUUGGCGAGAGUUUUGGAAAUAUUGAAUUGUCUACAGAUGGUCUCACUGCAUCGUGUUCGCGAACUAAUUGGGACAUGUCAUGCAUCAGUGGUAUUGGUUGUUAUUCAUCUAGAAUACAUCAUAUUCACUUUCAUAUUGAAAAUAAAACUAGUAAUUAUUUGUUUUUCGGUAUUAUCACAGCGUCACAACAGUUGGCAUCAAACAUCUCGGAAGCAAUGUCUGCAAAUGGUUGGUGGGAAUUAGAUUAUAUUGUUGUCAAUGGUAAAACGAAAGCCGGAAAGCAAACCAAAACAAUCAAUUCAUGUGAUGACGUGACAUUGAUAUUGAAUUGUGACAAACGACUAAUUCAGCUUCUGCAUCAUCGUACAAAUAAGUUAGUUGGAAUAUCAAUCGAUCUUGAACAAUGUCCAUUUCCAUGGAAAAUAAUUAUUAGAUUGUUUUCUGCUAAUGAUUGCAUAAAAAUUGUUCAUUCGUAA